GCACCACGGCGCUAGCUGGGUAAACGCUGGUAGCGGCUAACAAUAUGAAAAUGUUGCGAGUUUGCGGGCUGACUGUAGUACCAUUUCACACCUGACUCUACAAAUGUUAAGUUCCGGAGAUACCAAUACUGUGUCCAUGGUCAUUUUAACACUCGUCACUUCUGGACUUAUAUUAUUCAUUUUACGUUAUAACUCGCGUCUGGUAUUAUUUGCUAACGUUAGCCAGUAUCCGCUAGCUAAAGUAAACGGCCCAGUUGACUGUAUACUGCCAUGGUGAUCUCCUUCAUCGCGCUCACUGAUGAGGAGGAUGUUGAAUGAAGGAGAACACACACAAUGGACCACUGCAUCUAAAGGAAACUGUCUGGCACUAUAGCAGAUGGAGCCAUAACUGCGAGGACAGAGAAGAGACGAUGCACUAACCACACAGUCACAAACUGAUCACUGCAAGCUUUACUCAAGAUGGAGAGGGACCAAGACAAUAUUGUCGCCCUCGUGAAGCAGCAUCCAGAUGGGAUCCCCCUUAAAAAGUUGGCUACAUUCUACAACCAGGCAUACCACAAGAACCUGUCUAUAUCUUCCCUGGGCUUCGACUCCAUGACUAGCCUGGUAGCCUCACUGGAUAGGGAUCUGGUUGUGGAGAAGGAACUGGUGAUUCACAAAAGCCACCGUCAUGGGAGGAGUGCUAGAACUGGGACAACAACAAAAGCUACAAAAGACAGAAAGAAUACAAAGGUUUUUGAAAAUAUAGUUGCCAUGGUGCAGCAAAACUCUGGGAUCCCCCUGAAGAAACUGGCUGUAUCCUACAGCCAGACAUACCAUGAGAACCUGACCUUAUCCACCCUAGGCUUUGACUCCAUGGCAAGCCUGCUAGCCUCGCUGGAUAGGGAUCUGGUUCUGGAGGGGGAACUGGUGUUUCACAAGGACCACUACCAUGAAAGUCAAGCUGGAGCUGGAGCAUCAGCAAAGGCUACAGAAGACAUAACUAGGAUUGAUGAGGUUCUGAAAAAUAUUGUGUACAUGAUAAAAGAGCAUCCAGAAGGGAUUCCUCUGAAGAAGGUGGCUAUUGUCUAUAGCCAGAAAUAUCGCCAUAAUCUGGCCUUAGCCUCUUUGGGCUUCACAACUAUAUCCUGCCUGGUAGCAUAUUUGAAAGAAGAUUUAGUUGUGAGAGGGGAGGUGGUUUUUCAUAAGAUCCACUGGCCGCCAAGUCAGCCAGUAGCUGUAGGGAAGUCAACAAAAGAUAAUGAGGACAGCAGGCCUGCAAGACCACAGGGGACUGAAUCACUGAUCGCCACUCCCACUGUCACUGUGCCACAGGUAGAUGUCACCUCUGACGGUGUGCCUACCAUUCAGGCAGCAAUUCCCCAUUUAGCUCCUCCGUUAUCUUCCUUAUUCUCCACCCCCUGUCCUGUUCCUGUUUACACACGAUUUACUGUGCCCAAGCAAGCUAAGGAAUUGACCCAACAGCAGCUGUACCAGAGGGUCAUAGAGGUCAUAGCAAAGUACCGGUUGAGUGCUCCAUCAAUGGACCAGCUACAGAAGUACUAUCUUGAGCAGUUUGGCGAACAACUCCCUCUCACACAGUAUAUGUCUCUGUAUGACACCUGGGAAGCAUCAAACCAUAAGAGGCCACCUACUCUGUCUGAAACAAUGACAGACUCUGAGACUGCUGUGGUGGAGACAACUGCAGCAGCACAGGAUCUUACAAGAGAGCCUGAAAAAGAGCAGCAACAGAAAGCCACCGCAUCCAGCUUUCUCUCUAGCUCUGACUUUCCAGUGCUCGGGGCAGAUGUGAGCAUGACCAAAGAACAGAAGCGCAAAGUUAGAGGUGCAACCCAGAAAGAGGGUGGUGCCCCUGUGUUUAGAGAGUCAUAUCAUGCACAGCUGAGAGAGGUACAUGGAGCUAAUAUGCGGGCAAUAGAGGCACUGGAGGAGGAUGAGGAGGAUCUCACAGGGAGGAAGAGGAAAAGAGUCCUGGAUCAGGAUACAGUCAACAGUUUGAUGGAAGAUGUGAGACGCGACAUCGCUGCAGAAGGAGAGCUGGUUACCAAAGAGAAGGUGAUUUCCAGGGUGUGCGAGCUGAUGCAGGUUCCUUCUUUGGAAGCAGGAAGGAUAAAACCUUGGAAUAUUCCAGCUCUCAAAGAUCUUCAGUAUACCAUGAGAGAGAUCAACAUGUUCAUAGAGUCUGCUGGAACAGUCACAUCCAUCUGUACCCUGUAUGAGCUAGGCCAAUCACUGGCUGGCCUGAAGGACAAGAAGCACUACGAGGAGCUGAACCUGGGGCCCCUCUGCAAAGUCCCCCUCAUCCACCGCAUGUUCAAGAUUGACAGUAAUACAAAGGAUGAUGAUAUCCACCAGAUUGAGACAGUAGACAUCUUAAAGCAACUCCGCAUUUUUAGGAGGCAGCAGAGCAAGCCCAAAGUAGACCUGGCUGAGUUUAUGAAGUAUCUGGCUGAUCACUACAACUGUGAAUCUCCCUACGAGCUGGGCAUCAGGAUACACAGCAUUGCACUGCCCAUAUCGACCUUAAUGAAAGUGAGUCGCUGUGAGCACAUUAUCCUGGAGUCAGCCAGGGAGGUCAUCCAGAAGGAGCUGGAGGAGGAGGUACUGGAGCGACUGAGGAAGAUGAAGAAAAGUGUGUUGGAGCCAUUGCAAGGAGCAAGUUCCAUCUCCUCCACAGGGAGCUUCGACCUCCGGAAGAAGUACGUUUCCAUGACAGCAUCCGAGGUUGUGCUGGCAGUCUUCUCAAACGCAGAGGGGGUGUUCAGUCCCAGGAUGGCCAAGCAAAUCCAGAGCUUCCUGCUGCAGGUGUCAGAUAACCGGCUAGCAAGGGCUCUGUUUCAGCUGGCCAUCUGUGGUGGCUCCCUGGCUGUCCCACAGGAUCUGGUCCCAAAAGACAAGGCAUCCAAAACCACAGAACAAAUGAAGACAGAGGACAAACCCACCACAUCUCUCCCCAGUGAAGCCAAAGUGAAGCAGUACCUUAAAGACAGCCUGUCUUCUCAGAACUCAACCUUCACUUUGAACCACAUGGCGUCUUUGGAGGAAAAGUUAAUCAAACACUUUCAGGUCAAAGAUUUCCGCUCUCUAGAGCAAGGCAGCUUUCUGGAGUUCCUGAAAAAACACAGUCAGCUGCUGCAGAACACCGUGGGCUCUACUGUUUUCUUGGGUAGUGGCAUCAUGGAACCCGGCAGUGGUUUCAGACCCACCAGACAAGACGUGUAUGAGUUCAUCAACCAGUGUGGCGACAUAACCUCCACUGAUCCAGAUGAACUCUCCCACAUUGAGCUAGCACUGAGGUCCCACUACAGGGUGCGGGACACUCGUGAACUUGGCUUUGGCGCUUUGCAAAUGCUGGCUGGCUUUGUGCAGCAUCAGAGAAGGCUGCCUGGAGGAGGACUGAGCCCGGUCUGCUACGAGUCAGCUCUGUUCGCCAAAUACUGCAAAUCAAGUGCUGAAGAUGGGUGUGAGGCAGUAGGACUCCAGGGUGAGAUGUCCAAGGAUCAGGCUCUGGCCAGUUUGCUCUCCUGCCCUCUGCUGGAGGAUUUAAGUGAUUGGAGCCAGUGGGAGCUGAUCUUUAAACCACGUCAUGGCUCCCUCAAAGACUUCAUCGAAAGCAAUGCAGCUAAUACAGGCCUGUCAGCGUUGGAGGUGAUGCCAGGUUUGCUGCUCAGACUCACCACACACACAGGGGACAAGCAUUUCUCUAAUGCUGCCAUGAUCCUUGACCCCAUCGGCACAGCCGGCCACCUGGUGUCCAUGGUAGUGGCUGACGGGGUCAUUAAUGCGCCGACAGCCCUCCUGGCCAAUCAUAUGCAGAGCUCCCUAGCAGCGGCUGUGGCCAAAGAAGAUUUGUCCCAAGCUGAAGAGGAUGUGUCAUGUUACAACAGAGUGGCCAAAUUCCUUUUGGCGUGUUUGACACGAAUCCCCAUCAGAACGUGCCAAGCUCUUUUGCAACAGGUCUUUUUGGAGCCUUUCUCCCUUGUCCUGGGCCAGGCCAAGUCUAAACACGUCCUGAUCACUGCGGCCCAGUCUGACCCAAGGCACAUGAACUGUCUGCACCGACUGGGCAUCCUCCUGGGCAUCACAACCUGGGUCAGAGACUACCAGAAAAAACUGAACCCACCACAGAUCCAGGACUGCAACAUGCCUACAGCUUCUGUGGAACAGGCCAAGUCUAAUUUGAUAGAUUCUGAGAGCAGCAGUCUGUCAGCUCUUAAUAUGAGCGAAGAUGAGUUUCUUGAGGACAACGUCAUUGACAACAGCUUUGCUUCCUCCCCUCUCACCCAGAGCCCACAACAAGUCAAUGGCAAUGAAGAAGUCGAGGUUGAUGAGGGAGAGGAUGAAGAGGAACUGUAUGAGUUGACCUCACUGCCUAAUGGAGAGACUUCAGAUAUCAGCAGUGAAGCUGAAGGAGGCCAGGCCGAGGAGCAGUCAGAAAUGUCUGAUUCUAAUGAAAAGGAUGCUGCCAGCUGCCAGUCAGAGACCACAUUAGAUUUCCAGAGAGCUAUAAUUGAGGAUAUCAGGAAGAGGGAGUUUGGUAUUGGCGUGGAAUUGACUGCUGAAGGCCAGAGCCUGAUGCAGGUCCACCAGAACAGGCUGGGCCGCAGCUUGGACCGCCUCUCCACCGAACUAUACAGCAAAGACACACACUUCGUCCUGGAACUCAUUCAGAAUGCUGAUGACAACAGUUACCCAUCAGAGACGGGUUUCCUUCCAGCGCUGGCCCUUGUGGUGGAGAAAGACUGCAUUACCAUUCUAAACAAUGAGACCGGCUUUCAGGAGAGUAACAUCAGGGCCAUCUGUGAUGUGGGCUGCAGCACCAAGGGCAAACACCAAUAUGGAUACAUAGGACAAAAGGGCAUCGGCUUCAAGUCAGUGUUUAAAGUCACAGACUGUCCUGAGAUUCAUUCCAACGGCUUCCACCUGCGUUUUGACAAGACCUGUGGCCCUAUGGGAUACAUCCUGCCUCACUGGGCUGAGGAUGAGAGGCCACUGAACACACAGCUGAAGGACAUAAACCAGCACAGCUGGACCACAAAGAUCUGCCUUCCCCUGCGCUCUGAGAGCCAUCAGACCAGGAAUCUCUUCCACGAUGUGCAUCCCUCUCUGCUGCUCUUUCUGCACCGCCUGCGCUCCAUCAUCAUCUACAAUCAGAGUGAGAAGCGUCUCGUGAGGAUGACACGUAAAGACCUGAGUCACAAUGUGUUGGAGGUGGAGCACACUGAGGGCAUUGACCACUGGCUAGUGGUCAAAACUAUGGUGCAUCCUAAGAAGAUCAAAGAGGAUGUGGAGUCCACCGAGCUUGCCCUGGCUUUCCAGCUUGACAGCAGCAACACAGAAAGCGACAUUGUAUGGCAGCCACAGAAACAGCCCGUGUUUGCUUACCUGCCCCUUCGCAGCUUCGGCUUCCGUUUCAUCAUCCAAGGUGACUUUGACAUCCCUUCCUCUCGGGAAGACGUUGACAGAGACAGUUCUUGGAACCAGUCGCUUCGCUCGGAGAUACCUCAACUCUUCCUCCAUGCCAUGGACGUCUUCACUGACCACCCAAAGUUCAAGGGGCUGAAGGGCCUCUGCCAGUUCCUGCAGUUCAUCCCCCUGCCUGAUGAAGUGCUGGAUUUCUUCAAGCCUGUUGCCGGGCAGAUUAUUCAACUGCUCAAGGGCAAGGCCUUCCUGCCUACUCUCAGCUCAACUGGUGAGGUUGUGUUCAAGCUGCCUUCCCAAGUGGCCGUCUGUCAGGACACCGUGAUCCGCGACGUGAUUGGCGGAGCAGAGCUCGAAAGGCAUCUGUCUCUGUCUUAUCUCCAUCCGGGUUUGAGCCUGGGCCCGUCCACUUCCCUGCUCACUCACCUAGGAGUCCGAUACCUGCGGGGAUCUGAUGUUUCUACGGUAACCACAGCCAUGGCCAAGGAGCUGAGAGUGGAAGGCAUCCAUUCAGAUGAUGGCCUGCGAAAGCUGGCUAGACUGCUGGUUUGCAACUACCGAGCUCUGGAGCAUGGCUACGGGGAGGCAGACUCCGUCCUGCAAACCCUCAGGGAAUUACCCAUCAUCCCCCUGGCUGAUGGGCGUGUGGUGGCACUGAGCGAGGAGGGCGUGUUCUUUCCAAUGGAGGAAACCAAAACCAAAAAAAAUAAAGCUCAAGCUCAGACAGGACCUCUUUCAGCAUUGUACAGGGAUGUAAAUGUUGUUCACCCUGCUCUGCUGAGCUGUGUGGAGCCUCUAGAGAGUCAGCAGGUUCGGGAGCUACUGAGAAGACUCGGGGUUCAUGAACUGGAGCCUCAAAAGCUGCUGGAGCAGCACAUCUACCCUGCAAUACAGAGCAGCAAAUGGAAGACAAAACCCGAGGCUGUAGUGGUGAGUUACUUGGUUUUCAUCAAGCUGCAUGCCUCCUCCAGCAAGGAGUACUCAGAUGAUGCAGUACCCGUCCUCACCAGCAGGGGUCUGCUGUGCCCGGCCGAUGAACGCGUACACUUCUCUGAAGAAUAUGGAAACAUCAACCUACCAAAGAGACUGCCUGGCUGUGAUUGGGUCUUGCUGAGCCCGUGCUACGUGCAGACAGACGGUGAUGUAGCAGGAUGGAGAGAGCUGUUCAGCAGACUGGGAGUCAGAGACGGCCUCAUCAUCCGCAAAACCAAACGAACUCUCACUGCUAAAGAACUGGCCUCCAGCCCCUGGUCAGUGGAAAGUGCAGCAUGGUACCAAAUUCCAGAGGAGGGCUGUGUGCUCGAUGACUACCCCUGCGAUGAGUUUUAUGCCCUGGCCACUGCUCAGCUGCGUGGCUCCUGCCUCCUGCAGCAAAGAAUGGCCUUACUGGAGCUGCUGACGGCCAACUGGAAUACUGGACACCGCUACUCUCAGUACAUCACAGCUGAGGUGAUCAACGGUGAUGGUCGAGUGAUCAGAAGCACCAAGUCCUCCUUCUUCCACUUCCUGUGUUCUCUUGAAUGGAUUCCAGCGUACCAGCCACAGGAAGGAGAAAAGCAAGAGAGAAAGUACCUUCGUCCAAACUCAGUCUACCUGAACUCACCUGAGGUCACCAGCCUGCUGGGGACUCAUGUCUGCUAUGUGGACAUACACCCCAGCGAGUUCACCAGCGCUCUUGGAAUGAGACAAAAUAUCACAGUUGAUGCUCUGAUUAACUACCUGAAGCAGUGGUGUGUCAGACCAGAAGCAGAUUCCCAAGAGCAGAAAUCGUAUGAGGAAGAGUUGGAGGGGGCGAAUUUCACUUCCACAGUUCAACAUAUCCACAACGUCUACACCUAUCUAUCUCUGAACUGCUCCCAGAGCACCCUGAAGGAGCUGUUCCAGCACUACCCUGCUGUUUAUGUAGAGGAGAGCAGGCGUAAUGGUGAGUGGAGCUCAGGACGUUUCUACCACAUGAAGGAGGUAUGCUGGAGUGACACAACAGAAAUGUUCCGGCGCUACAAACAGCUGAUUCGCAGACCAGACAGCCCGGUGCCAGAGCCUAAGUUCCUGGCUCCCUUCUACAGCCCACUGGAGGGCAUGAGAGUCUUCUUCAUCAGACUGCUGGAUGUGGAACGCAGUCCCAAUAUGAAGCAGUAUGUUGGUUUGUUGGAACUGAUCUGUUCAUCAUCUCAAAUACCAACUGCUGAGGUGCUACAGGAUGUGUCAGUGCUCUAUGCCAGACUUGCUCAAAAGUGUACAAUUCCAGUAUCUGGUGAGCAGGAAAACACUGCACAGCCAGAACUCAAUCAUGGUUACUGCUCCUCAUUGAAGGGUAUGGUGUCCGAUAAGAGGGUCUUCCCCACCAAGGACAAUAGCUGGGUGAAUCUGGCACGCAAACCCAUGAUUGCUGACAACAAAGAGCUGGAAAAAGUGUUUAAGCCUCACAAGCAGAUUUGUCUGCUCAACCUUCCACCAGCAGAGAAGACGACAGCUCACAGGAGCAAGACUGGGAGCUUUGUGAUGGGAGAACGAGCUAACACUGUGCCUACCUUCGACGAGAGGGACCGAUCUUUGUUCCUGGAGAUCUGCGGGAUCCGUCAGCUGUCCCAGUGUGUCAAGACUGAGCCACAGACUGAGAAUCUGAGACCCUGUCCAUCUAUGCAGGCCAUGGUUCGCACCAUGAUACCCUACAUCCAGAGGUUCCUUUACUACCAUGACGAGCUGUCUGAAGUCUACCCAGAGCUGAUUGAAAACAAGAUCGGAGAGAAAAUCAAGCGACUUUCCUUUGGACAGGUGGGUAAGCUGUACAUUCGCUACCAGUUGGAUAUUGCUGACAGUGACGUUGUCGAGUUGCGUGACGUUAACUGUCUGCUGAAGGACAAGAAGGAGCUUUACAUCCAGAAAGAUCACCUCUCAGCUAAGCUGGACAUCUGCAGGGAGUUGGUGAAACUGUUCUGCACAGAGAGCAUCCAAGGGAAAGAGCUGUUUCUGAGAACUUUUCUGCACGGCCUGAUAACCUCGCUCGAUGACCCAGCAUCCCUGAAGACGUUCCUGCACAAGGAGGACAUCAGAGAGCUGCCCAGUGAUGAGGAGGUGUGGGAGGUCCCAGAGCCCCCCAGACCUGAUAUUAACCUGGAGAGAGUGCUGUCAAGGAGUUACUCCUCCUGCAGCGCCCCAGAGGAGCCACCUCGCCCUGCACAAGAGGAUGGGGAACAGACGCUGAUUUGCUGGCCUCCUCGAGCACCCAUCCUGAGCACAGGAGCCAGUCGCACAGUUCAUGCAGAUAGUGGUGUGGUGGAUGCUGUCAUGAAGAUGUGGCCCCCUCCUGCUGCACCUAAAGACGGAGCCCUGGAGAAGGACGCGGGCCCCAGAGGAAGCGGCCGUGUUGUCGGCCAGACUCUCAGCAGCAGCGGCAGCAGCAGUGAUCCAAAGCUGCCACCCAGGAGCAUCAGACCAGCAGACCAGCCAGGCCUUCAGAGAGUCCUCAGCCAGCCAGGCCAACCUAACCCUGCUCCUGUGACCGCCAGCACACCACCUGCUCCAGAGUGCAGUCACCAGAGUGAGACCACUGAGUCUGACAGAGCUGAGGCUGGAGAGGAGACAGCUCCACCACCUCCAUCUGCACAGCCUGCUGAGACGGCCAGCGACCAGCUGGCUCCAAACAGCCUCGUCGUCCCUGAGGCUGUGGUUCUUUCAGGCGUUUUCCAGGGAGCCGCUGCAGAGACUUCACGUCCUCUGCUGAACCUGGACUUCCCUCACUGGAACACACAGGCCACACUGGAGGACAUGGAACUCACCUGCCAGAGACCCACCACCGUGGUGCUGUCCGACGACGCAGUGGAUUACGCGGCGAUCGGGGAGUGGGGGGAGCAGCUGGUCAACUCUUUCCUAUGCCACUGGAGAGACGGCGGCGAGCCCGGGCGACCCGCACACAUCCUGUGGUGCAAUCAGAGCGGAGAGAGCGGCCAGCCCUACGACUUCAGGCUCACUUUUGGAGCCGGAGGAGCGCAGAGGGUGGUGUACGUGGAGGUGAAGUCAACUAUAAAGAAAGAGAAGUCGUUCAUCCACAUGUCUGCCAACGAGCUGGACUUUGCACUGAAGGAGAAGGAGCGCUAUCACAUAUUCAGAGUAUACAGCGCGGGAGACGCUCAGAAUGUUCGCCUGUGUCGCAUUCAGAACCUGGCGCAGCAUCUCCACACCAAAGACCUGGCACUAUAUCUCUUUGUUUGAGUCUUUUGUAUGUUUUGUGGGAAUAUUUGCACUACAUUAAUCCAUGCCUAAACAUUCAUAUGCCUUUUUAAGUUCAUCCUGACUGCACUGAUUUUUAGUUCUUUUGCUCUGAGUGUUUGUAAUUUUUCCAGCUAAUGAGAAAAAUGUGCACUUUCCUUUUUAAUUUGUCUAAGAUAUUUUUGCCAACAAACUGCAGCUGUGUCUUUUCUAGUCAGUGCACAAUUUUAAACGACGGUGGGCAUACUUAAUGUUUUUAGCUUUUUUUUAUUCCCCCUACCUCACCUUUACUGCAGCAUUCCAAUUGAAUAAAGUGUUUUUUCUGACAGCUGAA